AUGGCGCAAGCUCUCUCGCAAGACGUCAUCUUUGAAGUACUAUCAAGGCUGCCGGUCAAAUCCCUCAUCAGAUUCAAAGCCACUUGCAAGGCAUGGUUGGCUCUCAUCUCCGAACCAUAUUUCAUAGCUUCACAUUACAAGCGUUCCAGAGCAAAUCCGUCCCUUCUAAUCCUACCAUUGAAACAAGACAUUUUCCAAGAGACUGUGGAUCUAUAUUCCUACAAGAAAGAAGCACGCGUCUCCGAACUACUGCUUCAGAGAAAGCUCCCUUGUGAAGAUAGGUUGCUCGCGUUAUAUCCUUGCCAGGUCAACGGUAUAAUCAUGCUUUUCUCAGAAAGGUCUUUUCAUAUUUGCAAUCCUAGCACUAAAGAGUUCUUGACCUUAAGCCCACCUUACUCGGAUCAUGCUCAUCACUGCGUGGGGUUUGGCCUUGACUCAUCGACGAACAAAUACAAGGUUGUUAGGGUCUUCCUUCGCAGUUUCGACGAGAACACCCAAGACUAUGAUUUGGGGUGUGAGAUCUUCACUUUGGGCGAUGGUUCAUGGAGAACAAUUGAUGGUCCUCCUUGUACUAUCGUUAGAAAUUGUCCGGCAACGGUUGGUGAAGUAGUUUACUGGCCAACCUACAAGAAAGAGCAUGGAAUGGCCAUCCUUCAAUUUAGUCUAAGAGACGAGACAUUUGGGGUGGUUCCAGGUCCUCCCUUGAAGGCAAAUGAGAACUACGUGCCUUCUGAUCUAGUAGCACUUGAAGGGGAUUUGGGUUACGUUGAUCGUCGAGUUGAGUCUUAUACGGUGGAUAUUUGGGCUUUGAAUGCUUGCAACAAUACAUGGAGCAAGAAGUACAAUAUCGACUGCAGUAAUUUUGGGCUCAUGACUGUUGAGGCAGCGGAUGAUCGAAAGAUUUUGCUUAGCUCGGGCAACAGAUUGGCUUAUUUUGACCCAAGAAGCAAAACGUGGACCGCAGUGCUCGCCAUUGGAGGCGCACCAAACGAUAAAUAUCCAUGGAAACAAGCUUGCAUGAGUUUUUUGGAUGGAUCUCUUCACUUCUUUGUUGCUCCUUUUGCAGAGAGUCUAGUAUCUGUAACAACUGGUAGUCACUAA